AUGUACAAAGAAAUGUUUAUGGUGUUGCUGUUGGUCAACUUGUCAUUAUAAUUUAAGACUGCGGUUAAAACAUAAAUAACUCCAUUGGAAACAAUAUUAGGAAUAGAUCCUUCUGGAUGGACAUGUGAAAAUCCACCAUAUAAAGAGUAAUUGAGAGCUGAACAUGAUAUAGAAUAAUGGAUCGAUAUAGUGAAACAUAAGGAUGGUUUUGAUGGUGAUUUGUAAGUAUUAGCAAUGGUAAAAGCACUAGUGGAUAAAGUAUUAGCUUCAGUAUAACAUAUUUCUGGAAGUACUUUUGUGUAGGUGAAACAUAUACAUCAUCAAUUAUCGAAACACUUUAAAAAGUUAUCAGAGAUAGAGUCAUUGUCAUCGUGGAAUGAUAUUAAUGAUAUUUUGGGUUAUGUUGAAGUAUUGAAUAAAGCAAAAAGUAAUAAAUUUGAAAAUAAUAAAUUAGGUGAUGAAGAUAAGUUAUAAUUAGCAACUAUGAUUGCAGGAAAGAUAUCAGAAUUAAUUUAAUAAAUAACAGAGAUCUAAUUAUAAUUGAAUUCAAUACCUGUAGAGAUAGAUGAUUUGUAUGAGUUAUCAACAAGAGUAAAUCAAAAAACUUUAGCAUGUAAAGAUGUGUGGGCACCUUUUUUGGAAGCAGAUGAAAAAGCUGAAGAGGAAAAAUAAAGAGUGGAAUAAGAAUAGGAAGCAGCAAGAGUAUAAGCAGAGGAAGAGGCAAAAUAAAGAGAAGAAUAAGCAAUAGAGGAGGAAAGAAGAAAGGAGGAAGAAGCUAGGGAAUUAUAAGAGUUGAAAAAUAGUGUAGAACUUACACCUGAAGAAGCUGAAGCUUUAGAAUAAGAAGCUGAACAAGAAUUAUAAUUAGCUGAAGAAGCAGAAAUUUAAGCAUAGUAAGAAUUAGAAAAAGCAUAGAUUACUGAAAAAGAGGCAGAAUAAGAAGCAGAAAAAGAAGAAGAAGAAGCUAAAGAAGCUGCAUAAAGAGCAGAAGCUGCUGAAUAAGCUUUGUAAGAGGCGUAAAGAAUAGAGGAAGAAGCAUGUGUAGAUGCAGAGGAAGCAGAAAGAAGAUUAAAAGCUGCUUAAGAGGCUGCAGAAGAGGCAAGAAAAAAAGUAGAAGAAGCAGAAAGAUUAGCAGAAGAAGCUAGAAAAACUCAGGAAUGUUUAGAUGAACCUCCUCUUGAUGAACCAUUUCAUGAAGAAUUUUAUGAAGAAGAAUAUGAAUAUUUUUCUGAAGAAGAAGGAUGUACUGAUGAAGCAUUAGAAGAUUUAAUUGAUACUUUAAUUGAUGCAGCUAAUGGACCUAGUGCUUAUUAAACAGGAUGUGGGUAUCCUGGAUGUUAAGACUAACCAAUUAUUAUUGUUGUCGAAGAUGAUGAAGAUGAACCAUAACCUGAACCAUAACCUCAACCUGAACCAAAAUAAGAAGAAGAAAACUUAGUAGAGGAAGAAAUAGAAACUGAACCUACUCCAGAUGAUGAUAAAACAUUUGAAGAAGAAUAAGAGGCUGAAGAGGAAAUUACAGUUGAAGAAAUUGUUGAAGAAGAAAUUAUUGUAGAAGAAAUUUUAGUAGAGGAAGAAGAAGAAGAUGAUGAUGAUUUUGGUAGAUUAGAAUAUCCAGUUGAUCCUCCUGAAGAAAUACAAUAUCUUCUCUAUAAAUCUGAUGAUAAACAUGUUAAUAUACAUACUUAAGAAUCAUCUAAAUGGGAAGUUGAAGUUAAUCAUGGAUCUGAUACCAGAAUUAAGGGAUCAACGGAAUAUAGUUAUGGAUUAUGGACAUAUUUUAGAUAUAAUGGUGCUAUUAAAAUUUCAGAGAAAAAAGAUGUAUUAGUAGUAGGAGGUUUAAGUGGAGAUGGAUCAAGCAGACUUUUGACGCUUAUUGGAGAAGGAUUUUAUAACUUCUAAAUAUUUGAUGGUGAUACUACUACAGAAUAAUAAGUAGAUUAUGGUAAAUAUUUGGAUGCUGAGUGGAUUUAUGUUUACUUUGGAUAUAAAGAAGGAAAAGCAAAUGGUUAUGUCUAUUGGCAAGAACUUAAACUAUCAAGAGUGUCACUUUUACAAUCACUUAUUAAUCUAUUCUUAAUACUAUCAAAUUUUCAUCAGGUUGGUGGUCAAGCUACAAAGCUUUCAAUGGAAUCAUUACUCAUAUCAGAGUUGUCUUAAAUAAGGAUUCUUUUAUUGAGGAUGAGAUUAUUAUGAAGAAUGCAAUCGAGUCUGAAUAUCCUGUUCCAAGUGAAACAGAUUUAGAUUAUUUGGAAAAUUAAUAUUAUGAAAAAAUUGAAUAUGAGGGAUUAAUAACAGAACCUAAAUUACAUUGGGACUUAGAUAGAUAUAGAGAAUAUUCUUUUUCUACUUGGUUUAGAUAUGAUUGACAU